CAGAGCUCCGCUUGUGCCAGCAGUGAGACCCCGAGAGGAGCAGCGGGUUAUCCGGCUCCCAAAUGCCUCAGGCGGGAGAGGCUGAGCAGCUCGAUGCGCCUUCAGGAGCAAAACUGGCAAACGAAGAUAUCAAAACGCCAAUGGAGCAGAGAACCCGGCUGUCUGUGUGGAGUAAAUUGGCAUUUGCCAUAGGAGGAGCUCCAUACCAAAUCACGGGCUGUGUGUUGGGUUUCUUCCUCCAGAUCUUCCUGCUUGAUGUGGCACAGCUGGAUCCUUUCUAUGCCUCCAUCAUCCUGUUCGUGGGCAGGGCCUGGGAUGCUGUGACCGACCCAGUCGUGGGGUUCCUGGUGUGCCGCAGCAGAUGGACCAGAAUCGGCCGCAUGAUGCCCUGGAUCAUUGGCUCCACUCCAUUCGCGGUGCUGACAUACUUCCUGAUCUGGUUUGUGCCUCCUUUUGAGGAAGCAAAUGUUAUCUGGUACUUGGUGCUGUACUGCCUCUUCCAGUCGAUGCUAACGUGCUUCCACGUGCCGUAUUCUUCCCUCACCAUGUUCAUCAGCAGUGACCAGAAAGAGCGGGACUCGGCCACUGCCUAUCGCAUGACGGUGGAGAUGCUGGGCACGGUCCUGGCCACCGCCAUCCAGGGACAGAUCGUUGGCCGCGUCUCCAGUUGUCCCACUGACGACACCAACAGCACAAACUCGUCCAGAAUGAACGGGACCAUCGCUUCACUGGAUGAAACGAAACAAGCGUACUUCUUAGCUUCAGCAGUCAUCUGCAUCAUCUACCUGCUGUGUGCUGCAGGCUUGUUUUUGGGCGUGAAGGAACUAAAAGGGAUUGGGCAGAAAGAGGCAGAGCCCCUCAGCUUCCGUCGGGGCCUGUUAAUGAUCCUGAGUCACGGACCGUACAUCAGGCUCAUCUUUGGUUUCCUCUUCACGUCUCUGGCUUUCAUGCUGAUGCAGGGAAACUUUGCCCUUUUCAUCACCUAUGCCCUCGGCCAAAGAAAAGACUUCCAAAAUAUUCUGCUGGUCAUCAUGCUGUCUGGGACUAUAGCCAUCCCAUGGUGGCAGUGGUUUCUGACCCGGUUCGGGAAGAAGACAGCGGUUUACUCUGGUGUCUUGUGGGUGGUGCCGUUCAUGAUCCUGCUGGUUUCUGCUGAGAGCAACGUGACCGUCUCUUACCUGGCCUCCCUGGGAGCUGGUGUGAGUGUUGCAUCAACGUUUCUCCUGCCUUGGUCAAUGCUUCCCGAUGUAGUCGAUGACUUCAAAGUUCAAAACCCAGGCAUCUGUGGCCACGAAGCUCUUUUCUACUCCUACUACGUGUUCUUCAUCAAGUUUUCCUCCGGAUUGUCUCUGGGUGUCUCUACUCUGUGCUUAAAAUUUGCCGGCUAUGUGACUGGGAGCUGCUCGCAGCCUGAGACGGUCAAUUUAACCCUGAAGAUGCUGAUCUGUCCCGUCCCCAUCGUGCUUAUCGCUGUCGGCCUGCUCAUACUGAAGACAUAUCCUAUUAAUGAAGAGAGGAGGAAAGGCAAUUGCAAGCUACUGCAGGAAAUGAAGGAUUGUGAGUCUGAACUGAGCAGCCCCGCGUAACUACUGCUGCUUCAUUACAAACAUACCACAACUUUCCCUGCCAAACAAACGCCAGCAGAUCAGCCCUGACGACGUCACAUUUCAGCAUUAACCUGCUUCUAACAAUGAAUCUAAAGGUUUACAGCUCCCUCUAGUGGGUGGCUGGGGUGAGAAGAACAUAAACAAAUUCACACAUUUUUGAGCAUAAAGACAAAGCUCGGCUAACUUUUUUUUAAAUAUAUUUGCUUUAAUUCAUAAAUAUUUGUAUAUCUCUCUAGUAGGGAACCUCUCACAUUUCUAAAGACACAUUGCAAGAUUUAGAGACCUUUGGCAUUAACUGUUUUUGUUUUGUUUGGUUUUGUUUUUAUGUAUUUGGAAGUACUUGCCAGCUUCCUUUCUGUUGUUUUUCCUCCUGUGUAACCUCUCUUUAUUCUCGAUGUCUGGUUACAGAUGUAACUUGUGCUAUGGUUUGUUAGGUAGCCUUUAUUUACUGGUUCACAGGAGUUGCCUGUCACAAGGGUGUUAUGUUAUGUUUGACGUGCAAUAUUUCUUAACUGUAUUAUAUAAACUAAAAGUGCUCUUGUUUUUCCUUGAGGAGAAACGUGCCCUGUAUCUCUGAUAUUACUGUGUGAAGGAUGUCUGAAUCAAACGUUCCAAACAUGUGUUGUAUAUUUAGCUGCAAUGAGAUUUUCUGUUGAACUUGUGGCUUCAACUGUUCACCUGAAUAUGCUGCCAUAGCAAAGUCAGCUUACUUUUACCUCUCCAGAACCAAAAAUGCAUUAUUUUAGUAUUCGUUUGUUGAACAAAUGAAUGAUUCAUUAUGUUGUAUUUGUCUCUGUAUAAUUGUAUCAACAAUGAGUGCUUGAUAAUUGACGACUGAAUGAAGUGAUGUUUGAGUCCAGUAUACUCAGUACAUUGUAAAACUAUGAAAAGAUUUUUUGUUGUUGUUUUUGAGGAAAAGUAGAAGUUAUGCUAUUAACAGGAUGCCUGUUUGCUUCUCCCCUCAUGAUGCUGCUGUAAAUGACUCUGUGCCUUGGUAUAGGCUACUUUUUUUAUUUUUCCUCAGGGCGUGGAAAUUGCACAGAAUGAUCAGAGGACGCUAAUAUUUAUGUUUUGUCCUUUUCAUCCACAAACUCAGGCUCGUGUAUGAAUUGUUUGAACUUUCCAAUUCUGAUCAUGAUAACAAAUAAAGAAAUCUA